GUAAUAUGAGUGAUGCAGAAGGAAUCAAGGCUUUUGUCUAUACAUGGUUGCAUAAAACACAACGCAAAGUUCCCGAAUAUACCUUUCAGCAGCGCUCAGUAGGACGUGGUCGUUCGCGAUUUAUAUGUGAGCUUCGUGUGGAUGGCUUCGCCUACGUUGGUAUGGGCAAUUCGGUUAACAAAAAGGAUGCCCAAACCAAUGCAGCGCGUGACUUUGCUAAUUUUCUUGUUCGUGAAGGCUACCUGAAGCCAUCGGAUGUUCCCACUAUAAGAGCUGACGAAUACAAACACGUUAAAGAUGAAGAUAGGCAUUGUGCCACAAUGUGCCCAUCUACGUCUUCUGCUCCUGUUGUGCACUCAUCUUAUCACCUGCCUCAUUUACAACUUUCUGAGGCCAACGUGUCUGGGUCGGGUUCUAAUGACUCUUACAUAAAUAGAAUAAUGGAUAGGAUAAAACUUGAGGAGGCGGAAGAGGUCGACCUCACAGCCGACAUUCACGGUGGAUGGUCAAUGGAAAACUCAAAAGCUCGGCUGAAUGAAUAUUUACAGGCUUCGCGUCAACCACCGGUCCAGAUAAAAUACACAUCCAUUGGGCCUGAUCAUAAUAAGAGUUUCCUGGCUGAGGCGACUGUUUGGGCGAAACGUGCGAAUAAAACUCUUUAUGCUCGUGAAAACGGAUCAAAUAAAAUGAUGGCGUCUCGAGCCUGCUGCCUUUCCCUUGUACGACAGCUAUUUCAUGUAGGUGAAAUUGAGGCUUACUGCGGAGAACGAAAAAAGAAGCGUUCUGACGAAGUAAGUUGUUGCCUCUCAAAACUUGUCAUAGGCUUUAAACUCGAAAGGAAAGCAAUCCCAUUUUCAGGCUUGCCGCCUCUCACAGUGAGAUUGAAUCCAGAUCUCGAGAACCGUCUUAAUGCACUGUUGGAACGACUUCAUCUCUUGCCCAACCUUUCGCCACCUGUAUCCUCCCUGAGAUUAGGUAGGACCGAUGUUGAUAGGCGUGAAGAAGGGCACAAUAUGAUCCUGCAUUAUCAGGUUGCUGAUUUUGAACCACGUCCUCGUCAGUCAGCCCAGUUGGUUUCGUGGUGCCCACCCAUUGAAAAUUGGAAUCCUUGGACCGCAUGUAACAUUGACGAGGGACCUGAGGCCUUGAUGUCUUUAGCUCAGAUAAGUCAGGCCUACAAAGAGCAAUACGAACGUCGCGUCAACAGCCGAGUAUACGAUAUAAUAAGGGAGGAACGUAAUUCUUUGCCUGUAGCCGCUUUCAGCCAUCAAAUCCUUGAUACCAUCACAAGAAACCAGGUCACUCUGAUUAAAGGGGAAACUGGAUGCGGCAAGACUACACAGGUACCUCAGUUCAUACUGGAUUCCUAUUUAGCAUCUGGCAGGGGCGCAGAGUGUUCGGUGUUGGUUACACAGCCGCGUCGCAUCUGUGCCAUCUCAUUGGCAGAGCGGGUGGCGAGCGAACGUUGUGAGGCCGUAGGCGUCUCAGUGGGCUACUCGGUGCGAUUUGAAACUAUUUUGCCUCGGCCCUACGGGUCCAUCCUUUUCUGUACUAUCGGCACUCUCUGUCGCAAAAUGGAGGCGGGCAUUCGUGGAAUCUCGCAUAUCAUCAUUGACGAAAUCCACGAGCGUGAUGUAAACACAGAUUUUGUGAUGAUUCUCAUGCGCGACUUGGUCCGAGUCAAUCCCACUCUUCGCGUCAUCCUCAUGUCCGCCACGAUCGACACUACCACCUUCACGGAAUACUUUGAUAAUACCGCCACUUUCGAACUCGAAGGAAGGACAUAUCCGGUUUCCUGUUUCUACCUAGAGGAUUGCAUCAAUAUAACAAAUUACGUCCCACCACCGAAUUACAAUGAGAAGAAGAAUAAAAAACCGCGAUUGGAAGAAGGAUUGAAUGUGGAGAUGGAGGAGAACUGCAACCUAAUUUGCCCUCCAGGGUAUCCUCCCUCGGUAGCCGAACGCAUGCGCCAGAUUCCGGAGAAAGAAGUUCCCUUCACUUUGAUCGGUAGCCUGCUCGAGUACAUAUGCAGAAUGGACAUUGAUGGAGCAGUCUUAGUAUUCCUGCCCGGUUGGAACACAAUAAGCAUGUUGAGGAAGUAUCUUCAGACACACCCUCGCUUCAGUAAUCCAAACGAAUUUCUAAUCUUGCCGCUCCACUCACAGGUGCCCAGGGAAGAUCAAAGACUCGUUUUUCGGCCUGCACCUACUGGUGUUCGGAAAAUUGUCCUCUCAACAAAUAUAGCCGAGUCUUCAAUCACCAUUAACGACGUGGUUUUUGUCAUUGACACAUGUCUUGCUCGAGUGAAAAUGUUCACGGCACGAAAUAACCUGACCAGCUACUCCACGAUGUGGGCGAGCCUUACUAACCUGGAGCAGCGACGAGGUCGAGCGGGUCGAGUGCGUCCAGGAUUCGCAUAUCAUCUUUGCAGCCAGGCGCGGUUGAGUCGGUUAGAGCAAUACGCCACCCCGGAGAUCCUUCGCACUCCCCUCCACGAACUGGCUCUCAUGAUCAAGCUCCUUCGACUUGGGGACAUCCAGACCUUUCUUCGAAAGGCCCUCCAAUCUCCUCCUCUCGAUGCUGUCAUUGAGGCAGAGUACACCCUCCGUGAGAUGAAGGCUUUGGACUCGAACGAUGAGUUGACACCACUGGGCCACAUCCUAGCACGUCUACCGAUCGAACCGCGGUUGGGUAGGAUGCUGGUAUUCUCUUGUGCCUUUGGACUGGGCGGCGCGAUGGCGCUAGUUGCAGCUCAUUCUUCCUUCGGCUGCGACGUUCUCGCUAUGCCGCCAGACCGUCGGCGCCUCUCGUGGGAGCAAAUUCGUUUCGCUGCGGCCACCAAUUCCGACCACCUGGCAAUGCUAAACGCCUUUCAGGCUUGGUCGACCAAGCGCGCCCAGGACGGUGAUCAAGCAGCAAACUAUUUCUGUGACAUUCGCAACAUCCUUGUUGGUUUGGGAUUUCCUGAGUCAGUGCUCUCCAAUCGCCUUAUAAGCUUCAACGACCGGAACUGCUCAACUUUUGAUUACGUUGCAGCCAUGUUGACCAACGGUCUCUAUCCCAACAUAGCCUAUCAUGUUGAAAAACGCAAACUUCUCACGGCUGAGGGUAAAUGCGCACUCGUACACAAAGGUUCUGUCAAUUGUACCAAAAACCCUUCGUUCGCCUUUCCACUCUUCGCUUUCACCGAAAAGAUUCGGACGCAGGCUAUAAGUUGCAAGACUCUGACAAUGAUUACGCCCAUCCAGUUGCUACUAUUUGGUUGUCGACGCGGCAUUUGGAAACCGAAACCAACUGAUGUGGAGGGUGUGAGAUCUGAUGAACGGAGAGUGGCGUCAACGGAGGAGGAGGAGGGUGUGGUGUUACUGGAUGACUGGCUGCCAUUCCGCAUGCGAUACAGCACUGCGGCCCGGAUAUUCGCGUUGAGACCGGCACUAGAGGCUCUCCUCGUACGAAUAUGCCUGCAACCUGCCUGCUUGGAGGACCUCUCGUCUGAGGACAGUAGUGUCAUUGAGCUCACCAGGGAACUGUGUCGUCAAACCGCUCUGCAUGGAGUGACAACCCUGGACGAAACAACACAACUAACUAGCGUUCGCUUCAACGCCGACCCAAAUCACUCGUUCCCUAUCAACUCUCGACGACCAUUUGUGUCGCCUGAAAUGCGAGCCGUCAGGUAUGACCAAAACGAGAGCCAAGGCUUUGGCUUCGGUUAUCGUGAAUGGCAAGAUGAUGACUACGCUUCCAACAGCACAAGUCCUCCAUUCCCUCACUGCAUGCGUGCUGGUGUUCACUGCACGAAAAGGAAUUACCCGUGGCCGAAUGAGGAGACUUACGUUUCUCAAAAUUACGGUGUUCAAAGUGGUUCCCAGCAGCGACCUACUGGAUACUAUAUGGAACCCACUUCGCGGUACGACCCGCCUGAUUAUGGCCAUGAACCACCGUUAUCCAGAUCUUCAGGACCGCAAUAUUGGAGACAAGCAAGACCACCAUAUCCUUACUGA